AGCCAACCAUAUAUUCCUAAACCUCGCAUCCACCGUCUGAUUAAAAUCAAACGGCCAGAUUUAACCCUCUCCCUCGUUCACCCUUUUUAAAUAUUAAUCUCCGCCUCUUCCUCCAUUUAUCGUUUCUCUUCUCCGCCGUCGACGCUACCGUUUCAAAGAUGGCGUCCGCCGCACUCACCUCCUCCUGCCCUCUAGGCCAUUCCCGUGUCAAAUCAAUCUCUUUCUCUUCCAGAUCAUGUCUGAACCCGGUUUUUUCCCCUUCGGUUCUCUCCAAAUCCACUCCGAACAAUUCCAGCUUGAUUAAAACUUUGAGUCUCACUCCAAUCAUUUCUACUAACAGAAUCCAGAAAAGUCACCGGAAAUUAACAGUCAAAGCAGCGGCAUCAAGUCCAGCUGCCACUACCCCGCCGCCGCAGCAACCAUGGCAAGGUGCAGCAAUGAAGCCAUUGUUGGCGUCGAUUGCUACAGGUGUCAUCCUAUGGUUCCUUCCCGUCCCAUCCGGUGUCUCCCGUAAUGCGUGGCAACUACUUUCCAUUUUCUUAGCUACAAUCGUUGGCAUCAUCACUCAACCAUUGCCACUAGGAGCAGUGGCAUUACUCGGACUCGGCGCUUCUGUCCUAACCAAAACCCUAACCUUCUCUGCUGCCUUCUCCGCUUUUGGCGAUCCCAUUCCUUGGCUCAUCGCUCUCGCCUUCUUCUUCGCCCGCGGCUUCAUCAAGACUGGACUUGGUAACAGAAUAGCUUACCAAUUCGUUUCCCUAUUCGGAUCCUCCUCUUUAGGUUUAGGUUACAGCUUAGUCUUCAGCGAAGCUCUACUAGCGCCAGCAAUUCCGUCCGUAUCGGCACGCGCAGGAGGAAUUUUCCUCCCUUUAGUCAAAUCUCUCUGCGUAGCGUGUGGAAGCAACGUGGGUGACGGGACGGAAAAUAGAUUAGGAUCCUGGUUAAUGCUGACAUGUUUCCAGACUUCCGUUAUUUCUUCUUCCAUGUUUUUAACAGCAAUGGCGGCGAAUCCUUUAAGUGCUAAUUUAGCUUUCAAUACCAUUAAACAGCAGAUUGGAUGGACGGAUUGGGCUAAGGCGGCAAUCGUGCCGGGUUUAGUUUCGUUGCUUGUUGUGCCUUUGAUCUUGUAUGUUAUUUAUCCACCAUCGGUGAAGACUAGUCCCGAUGCGCCAAGGCUUGCUAAGGAGAAGCUGGAGAAAAUGGGACCGAUGACCAAGAAUGAGAUUAUCAUGGCUGGGACUCUGUUUCUAACUGUGGGGCUCUGGAUUUUUGGAGGGAUGUUAAAUGUGGAUGCUGUUACUGCUGCCAUUCUUGGGUUAUCUAUCCUACUUGUGACGGGGGUAGUCACAUGGAAGGAGUGUCUCGCUGAAUCAGUUGCAUGGGAUACACUUACAUGGUUUGCUGCACUCAUUGCUAUGGCUGGGUAUUUGAACAAAUAUGGUCUCAUCGCAUGGUUUAGUCAAACUGUUGUUAAGGUUGUCGGUGGGUUAGGUCUUUCAUGGCAAAUGUCGUUUGGCAUUCUGGUUCUUCUCUAUUUCUACUCGCAUUACUUCUUUGCCAGCGGAGCCGCUCAUAUCGGUGCCAUGUUUACAGCCUUCUUGUCCGUGGCUAGUGCUUUGGGCACUCCAUCGUAUUUGGGAGCCCUUGUUCUAUCAUUCCUCUCCAACCUCAUGGGUGGCAUCACUCAUUAUGGCAUUGGAUCUGCACCCGUUUUCUUUGGGGCUGGCUAUGUACCACUAGCCAAAUGGUGGGGUUAUGGUUUCCUAAUAUCUGUUGUGAAUCUUAUUAUCUGGCUCGGAGUAGGAGGCAUCUGGUGGAAGGCUCUCGGCUUGUGGUAAUAAAAUUUGCAAAUACACUUGAGGUAGAAUAAUACCUCACCUAACUUUGCAGAUCGCAGUUUCUUCUUCACGUCGAAAGCAGCUUUGUCUUUGAUUCUUUAACUUUCAGAAAUAACCUUUUAUGUCAGGGUUUAGAGGGGUCGAA